UUUUUAUAUUGCUUUAUAAAAAAAGUACCUAAGAUGCAAUUAUUUAAGUGCGACAUUGCAGUUUUAUUGUUUGUUAUUGCAACAAUUAAUUUAGUUGCGGGCUGUCCUCGUGCCCCGACUCAUCUGCCACAUGGUCGUCGAACGCGCGGCGAUAAUGGAUAUAAAUUAAUUGUAGCUGAUGGUGCAGUUGGUUAUGUUCCUGGCAAGACUUAUACUUUGUUACUGCUCGGUUCACGUACGCAUGCCAAAAUUCAACACUUCAGUCAUUUUACAAUCACUGCAGAAGCACACACUGGUGCCCGACGUCCUCAACCGGCAAAUCCACAGCGUGUUGGGCGUUUCCAACUAUUCAGUGAUUCACUAACGAAGUUUCAUGAUCGUUGCGUUAAUACUGUCUCAGAGGCAGAUGAUUUGCCCAAGACCGAAAUACAAGUAAUGUGGGUGGCACCCGCUGCAGGUUCAGGCUGUGUCUCAUUAUCUGCUAUGGUAUAUGAAGCACCACGUUCCUGGUACUCUGACGAUGGACAACUGACACAAGUUGUAUGUGAAAAGAAACCAGAUGCAACUACACUUAAAAAAGAGUGUUGUGCCUGCGAUGAAGCUAAAUACAAUUUCGUUUUGGAGGGCAUUUGGUCUAACGAAACACAUCCCAAGGAUUAUCCAUUUGCCAUUUGGUUGACGCAUUUCUCUGACGUUAUUGGUGCUUCACAUGAGUCUAACUUUUCAUUCUGGGGUGAAAAUCAUAUUGCCACAGAUGGUUUCCGUUCAUUGGCCGAAUGGGGUUCUCCUUCAGCUUUAGAAGCCGAACUGCGUGUAAAAGGACCUAAACUACGUACCUUGAUAAAAGCACCUGGCUUAUGGUACCCAAAUGUUAAUUCAAAUACCAGUUCGAAAUUCCGUGUGGACCGCAAACAUCCAAAAGUAUCUUUGGCAUCAAUGUUCGGUCCUUCACCCGACUGGGUCGUUGGUAUUAGUGGUGUGAAUUUAUGCACAGAUGAUUGCAGCUGGCAAGAGUCUUUGGAUUUUGAUUUAUAUCCCUGGGAUGCCGGCACUGAUAGUGGCAUUACAUAUAUGUCACCAAACUCAGAAACAAUACCACGUGAACGCAUGUAUCGCAUCACAACAAUGUAUCCAGAAGAUCCACGUGCACCUUUCUAUAAUCCAAGCAGUAAAGAAAUGACGCCUUUGGCCAAACUUCAUAUCAGGCGUGAGAAAAUAAUUUCCCGAAAUUGUGAUGACGAUUUCCUACAAGCUCUACAACUAGAUGUCUCCGACGAUGUAGAAGAACAGGAUAUACGCUCUGAGUGCCGUGUAACUGAAUACAGUGAAUGGAGUCCUUGCUCUGUUACUUGCGGCAAAGGUAUACGCAUGCACACGCGUCAAUACAUAAAUCCAAAAUUGGCAGAAUCUUUAAAGUGUACACGACAAAUUGUUUCUAAAGAAAUGUGUGUCGCCGAUAUACCGGAAUGUGGAGCUGGUGCACAAGAGGAUGACGACGAUGGUGAAAAUUUAGCUAAAAGUCAAAGCCUUGUAAGUGACGACGGCGAAGGUGCUGGCAUUUGUAAGACUACUCCAUGGGCUCCCUGGUCUGAGUGCUCUGCUAGUUGUGGCAUUGGCAUAACAAUGCGUACCCGCACAUUUACAAAUCAUUUGGGUCGAAAACGUUGUCCACAUGUGAGCGUAGUUGAAAAACAAAAAUGCAUGCGUCCCGAUUGUACUUACGAGCAAGUAGAGUUACCAGAUCCUAUGUGCCCAACUACACAGUGGAGUGAUUGGAGUCCCUGCACAGCGACUUGCGGUCGCGGCGUUACAAUACGUACACGUUUACUCCUGAUGGAAGAUGCUGCAGAAAAGGAGAAAUGUAAUAAUCGCAUGGAGUUGCAUCAACAAAAGGAAUGCAGUAUUAAACAGGACUGCGUCUUCAAUAUGGAAACGACUAAAGAUAUUUGUAUGGAACGUUUUGAUACUGGUCCUUGUCGUGGCAGUUACACACGUUUUGCAUAUGAUGCUAACAGCGGUCAAUGCCACAGUUUCAUUUAUGGUGGCUGCCGUGGAAACCGUAAUAACUUUUUAUCUGAGCAAAAUUGUAUUGAUACUUGCGGCAUGUUGGAUUCAACUGUUACAACCAGUCGCCCAGCUACAACUACUACGCAAUCGGACGAGAUGGUUCCUGAGGGUUGCAUUAUGUCCGACUGGUCAAAUUGGUCUGAGUGUAGUGUGCGCUGCGGUUUAGGCUAUUCCGAGCGUUAUCGUUAUGUAAUUAGUAAACCAAAGCAUGGCGGUCAAGCUUGCCCAAGCCGUAUGACUAAGAGACGCCGCUGCACAAUGAAUGAAUGCUAAUAAGUUUGCAGCAAAAUUGUACGUCUUACAAUUCUUCAAGUAACAAAAUAUAUGUUAAAUUCAAUUUUAUACUUAAUUUAGUCAAUAAAAUCUUAUAUUCAAAAAUAAUA